AAAUUUAAUUAUAUUAUUACUUUAACUAGUGUAAUUGUGGCUAACCUCAUGAAGUAAGUAGUAAUCAAUCCUUAUUUUUAUACCACUACCUUCUAAUUAGUGACAACUCACUACUAUAUACACUACCAUUAUUAACUUUGCGACUAUUUUACUGCCACCCCGGCUACCACUAUCAUGGCACAACCACCCUAUCAUCACCAUCAUCAUCGCUUUUCACGCACCGUCAUCACCUUUCAAACACCACCACCACUACUAAUGCCUCGGCAACUACUGUCACCAGCCAUCCUAACCACCAUCCCCAUCACUACCUUGUCAACCAUCAGUAUCACACUACCGUUGAGAUAACCACUAUUGCCAGCUCGACCAAUAGCCACCACCACAACCCAGCACUUGUCACUGUCGCUGCUGCCACAAUUGGUAACUACUAUUGUAAUUAACCCCCACCAUUGAAACGUUAAUUACUAUCAUCACUUGAUAAUCACCCAGGAUUAUCGCUUGCGCUGCAAAAGAAGGGCCACUUGGUAGAGGUUAUUUUGCCAAAGUAUGCAAGUUUGAACCUCAGUGAAAUUCACGGGCUGCAAGAAAUUCAAGCAGAGUCUUAUUCAUAUUUUAAUGGUCAAUUGCAUGGAAACAAAAUUUGGACUGGAGUUGUCAAUGGUAUUGGAGUUACUUUUGUUCAACCUUUGUACAUCCUUUUUUAACCGCGAGAAGAUAUAUGGCUACACAGGUGACUUUGAACGGUGCUCUAUCUGUUCCUUGGUAAAAGGAAGAGAUUCAGAAGAAGACUGCUGCCCCGGAUUAGUAUUGCUAGCUUGAAAAGCGCGUACAUCUUCUCCUAACUUGGUGUUGUCGCUGCCUGUUUUCUUCUUCGAUUUCCCAUGCAAUUUCCAGCAAGUAUCUCGAGUAUGCCAUGGCUUUCGACAAUAAUCACACUAGGGUUUCUACUUCCUCCUGAUGGUGUCACGCCAUUGCUAGCUUCUGAAGUGGCUGAACUAGAGCCAACCAUGGCAGCCUUAAAAUUCAUGACUGAAGUGGCUGAACUAGAGCCAACCAUGGUAGCCUUAAAAUCCAUGAUCAAGUCCUAAGCUCUGAUACCAUGUAGAAUUUUAUAGAGAAAGGAAAAACGAGAAAUAUUCUCUUAUUUUUUUCAUCUAUCAAACAUAAGAAAAACACAACUUAUAUAGACUAGCUAAAGGAUAAAAAAUCUUAGAUCAUGAACUAAUUUAUCUUAUCCCUAAACCAUAGAAUGUUUAUCCAUAUCUCUAACAAACAAAAACUAAUUAGUUAUUCUAACUUAUCAACAAUUUAUUUAAUUUAAAAAAUAUAUAAAUAAAAUAAUAAUUUUUUAAUUUAGAUAAAAUUUUAGAAUUUUAAACUUUACGUAACUCGUAACAAAUAGCUAGAAACAAGAAGUGAGUCAAUAGUUUCUAUCGUCGAUUACAGGCAAACUAUUCUCGAGCUACAGUUCUCACUUUCAAUUCAAAACACAACUAUCUAUAUCACAAUUAAAUCCGAUUAUUAAAUAUGUAUAAAAUUUUUAAAAAUAGUAGAUUGACGACUUUAAUGAUAAGCAAAAGACUAAAUAAAUGUGAAUUUGUCGUGUUUUUACAAUUCACACGGUAAACUUAAUUUUGAUUCAAUUGAUUCCCAUGGAUUGUCAUUUUUAACACCUUCACAUACAAAAGUUAAUGCGAUAAUUAAUUUAGUUAUUGAUUCAAUGUGAUUCUCUUGAUUUGGUAUAUUAUGUGUUUGUUAAUUUUCCAGCAAAACAGUAACUAAAUUACGCAAAGAGACCAAAAGAACUAACUGCUUGCCAUGCCAUAGUAGGGACCACUUAGCCUUUUAUCUUGACCCUACCGUUUCUCUGCUUCCUUUUUUCCGUAGCUUGAUUAUCUAUGCAACGAAACGAGGGAGAAUAAAUUCUAACCAUAGUUCCCUCGUGUUGAAGAAAACAGAAAAUAACAGCUCUUUUUGGUCUCAGAGGCUGCACAAGCUAGGUUGCUUGUGCAGACCUUUCAUCCCUGACCAAGGGAAAAAGGGAGCAUCCUUUCCUGCAAGGCAGGAAAGGUCACUUCCACCUUUUCCCCAAAAACUCAGAAGUAUCCAUUAGAAAGAAGACUCAGAAUCUCAGCAUGUAUAUAUUUUCAUCUCAAGAUGUAAUAAACUCAGAAUUCUUGUAAUAUAAACAUUCAUCAUUGUUCUAUAAAAAUUCACAUGGUAUCAGAGCUGGUCUAAAACCAGUCAUCAUCUACCCCAUCAACACAAAAUUCAAGCCUUAAAAAUGGCUCACUCAGAAACCACAAAAAUCACAAACAUUGUCUUGCGAGGUAGUCAAAAUUAUUUUUAGUGGUCAAAAUCUAUUUACAUUGCCCUCAGUGGCAGAAAAAAAUUAGGUUUCAUUAUUGGAAAUAAACAAAAACCCAAACCUGUAAUUCCAGAAGCUCCAACAGAAGAAGAACUGGACAGAAUGGAAGAGUGGCAGACUAAUGACCAUCUGGUCAUGUCCAUGCCCACUAAUACCAUGGAAAGCCAGAUUUCCCGACUGUGUAUGCUCAUGGAGUCAUCAAAGGCAAUCUGGGAAAAACUAAAAGGCCUUUACGGGCAUCAAAAUAAUUUUGCUCACAUUUUCAGAUUGAAGCAGGAACUUUCUCAAAUCACUCAGGGAACCAAGAAUCCCACAGAAUAUGCAACGGAGAUAUUAACUAGAUGGGAAGAGUUACAAAAUUAUCUUCCUCCGUCUAAUGAUCCAGAAGAGCUCCAAAGAAGGGCAGAACAAGAUUUGAUUUACACCUACCUCGGAGGCCUGGAUUCAAGCUACGAAAGCUUGCGUUCUCAGAUCCUCCUCAUCUCUCGGCUGCCGUCAAUAGAUGCUGUGAUAGCGACUAUCCAACAUGAAGAAACUAGACGGAACACUAUGAAUGGGUCAUCAAAAAGCACGGACAGCCAUUCAUACCUCACCCGUCGAGACCAAGGCCGUCAGAGAGGAGGGCCGAGCGCCAUCGUGCGAUGUGACCACUGCAUAAAGCAGGAUCAUCACCGCGAUGGCUGCUGGCACCUCCAUCCGCAGCUGAGGCCAUCGAGAGGGUGGGAGGGGGCUGGCUCGAAGGGAGGCGAGAGGAGAGGUGGGGGGAGCGAAAUGCGAAGGGAAGAAAACCCUAGAAAGGGUGUGGGAGCACAUUCGGGAAUGGGGGCGUCAUAUGCCGAAAAAUAUAUGACGCCCCGACCCGAAAUGCAACCCGAAUUUCUAGGGUUUUCUCGACCCGACCCAAUGAUCCAUGGUCUUCAUGGGCUAGACCUCUCCGCUGGGCCAGGCCCAUUCUUCAAUCAAGCUCAACAGGCCCAUUCUCCAAUAAAACCCAGCAGGCCCAUCCAGCUCCACAGGUCCAUCAAGCCCAGCCGGCCUCCCAGGCCCAGCCCACCAGUCAGGCCCAAAUGACCGAAUUUCUGGCCCAACUCCAAGCCUUGAUUCGGCAAGGUACAACCCGACAGGAUCGAAAUUCCGGGAAGACGAUUGGUAAAGGACACUUAGAAAAUGGCCUCUACUACCUUCAUAGUCCUUCCCCGCAAUGCCUUAUAUCAACCACCCCUGGCAUGCUCAUGCAUCAGAGAUGUGGGCAUCCCUCCGACUCCGUUCUAAAUAAAUUAUUUUGUUACAAUUUAAACUCGAGUAAUUGUGAUGUGUGUAAAUUUUCCAAAAACACGAUUGCCUUUUUCCUUGUCUUCCAGUAGGUCAGAAAAACCUUUUGAUUUAAUUCAUUUUAAUGUUUGGGGACCUACCCCCGUUACUGCCUAUAAUCAUUUUAGAUAUUUUGUCACUUUUAUUGUUGAUUACUCUCGUAACAUCUGGAUCUAUUUAUUAAAAGGAAAAAAUGAAGUUUUUUCUCGAUUCUAAGAAUUUUUUAAUUUUAUAAAGAACCAGUAUAAUGCAAAAUUAAAAAUAUUUCGAUCCGAUAAUGGUACGGAGCACGUAAACCACAAUUUUUCUAGUUUCUUUAAACAAAAUGGAAUUUUGCAUCAAACCACAUGUGUUAAUACUCCCGAACAAAAUGGUGUUUCUGAACGCAAAAAUCGACAUCUUCUCAAUGUCACUCGCACCCUUCUUUUUCAAAAUAAUGUCCCUUCUGUUUUUUGGUCGGAUGCUCUCUUAACUGCCACCUAUCUUAUCAAUCGGUUACCCACUGUCACCUUAAAAAACAUGAGCCCUCUAAAAGUUCUCAAAAGCUGUCAAAUAGAUUUAGGUCAUCUUCGAGUCUUUGGUUGUGUUUGCUAUGUCCAUAUAAAGCGUCAGCAUAAAUUAGACCGCAGCUCUGUAAAAACCCUCUUUUUAGGAUAUUCCUCCACCCAAAAAGGAUACAAAUGUUAUGAUCCCGUGACCUAUAAAACCUAUGUCUCUCGCGAUGUCAGUUUUGUAGAGAAUGAUCCUUAUUACACCACUCCCACCAGCACAGACUUUACCAAUGGUCCUCCCCCCUCUUUAUUUCCGCUUAACUUUGAUUUCCCUCUUAGCAACUCGGACCAGGACUGUCAGCUUCAGGGGGAGUCCCCUCUCGUCUCUAGGCUAAUUCCUUCAGGGGGAGACAAUCCUAUUCCAGAGGCCCAAUCUCAAGAAGUAGCAGAAGAAGAAACUGCCUUGCGAAGAUCUACCAGACAAACUAGACCUCCUGUAAAAUUUAGAGACUAUGUGUCUCAUUCGGUAACAUACCCGAUUCGGAAUUUUAUUUCCUAUAAUGUCUUAUCUAAUCAACACCGCAACUAUCUAUGUCAGAUUUCCAAACUCGUUGAACCUGCUAGCUUCUAUGAAGCCAACACUGACCCCACUUGGUGUAAAGCUAUGGAAGAAAAACUCUUUGCUCUAGAAAGGAAUGAGACAUGGAGCAUUGUUCCACUUCCACCAAAUAAAAAACCCGUGGGAUGUAAGUGGAUUUACAAAAUCAAGUUCAAUAGUGAUGGAACCGUUGAAAGAUACAAGGCAAGACUUGUAGCCCGAGGUUUCACGCAGACUUAUGGAGUUGACUAUCAAGAGACGUUUGCUCCUGUAGCUAAAAUGAAUACGGUCAGAAUCCUUCUCUCAAUAGCAAUCAAUUAGGGUUGGAAUCUG